AUGGAUGAUGGCCACAGAAAUCUGGGGAGACAUGGCUUUGAUGACUAUCGCUACCAGGAUGGUGGCUACACAGGUUAUGCUCCCAACGACCCAACCUAUCAAACUGGGGGGGAGCCCAAUCAGGAAGAAGAUGCUCAGAGUGAUGCUACAGAAGGCCAUGAUGAAGAUGAUGAAGUUUACGAAGGAGAGUACCAGGGCAUUCCUCAUCCAGAUGACAAGCCUAAGCAGAAGAAAGCCGGUCUGUCCAAUGAGUUCAGAGAUCAUGACGAGCUAAUAGCAGAAAAAAUGGAAGAUGAAGAGCAAUUGGCCCAUCAGUAUGAGAAUAUCAUUGUGGAGUGUGGCCAUGGACGAUUCCAAUGGAUGCUUUUCAUUGUGUUGGGCUUGGCCCUGAUGGCGGAUGGAGCAGAAGUGUUCGUGGUUGGUUUUGUCUUGCCCAGCGCUGAAAAGGAUAUGUGCUUAUCAAGUUCCAACAAAGGAAUGCUGGGCUUGCGUCAAAGCAAGGCCUGUGUACUUUCCCAAUGGCAUUACUCAUUCCCUAUUGGAGGUUCCUUGCCCAUCGUCUUUGCCUAUUUCUCUGAAUUCUUAGCCCGUGAGAAGCGAGGGGAACACCUGAGCUGGCUCUGCAUGUUCUGGAUGAUUGGUGGUUUGUACGCCUCGGUCAUGGCCUGGAGUAUCAUCCCACAUUAUG